CUGGGCUCUCUUGGCAGUCACGAUGAAGGCGCUGGUCCUGCUCUGCUGCUUCGUGGCCUCGCUUCUGCUCCCAGGACAAGCAGAAGAGGCGGAAGAUGUGAGUGAGGAAACCCCGCUGAGGGACCGCUCCCACAUUGAGAAAACUCUGAUGCUGAAUGAGGACAAGCCAACUGAUGAUUACUCUGUGGUGCUGCAGCGGCUUCGAAAGAUCUACCACUCAUCCAUCAAGCCCCUGGAGCAGUCUUACAAAUACAAUGAGCUUCGGCAGCACGAGAUCACAGAUGGGGAAAUCACAUCCAAGCCAAUGGUGCUGUUCCUGGGACCGUGGAGUGUUGGCAAAUCCACCAUGAUAAACUAUCUCCUUGGGCUGGAAAACACUCGCUACCAGCUCUAUACAGGCGCCGAGCCCACCACCUCCGAGUUCACGGUCCUCAUGCACGGGCCCAAGUUGAAGACCAUCGAGGGUAUCGUCAUGGCUGCUGACAGUGCCCGGUCAUUCUCGCCCCUUGAGAAGUUUGGCCAGAAUUUCCUGGAGAAGCUGAUCGGCAUUGAGGUUCCCCACAAACUUCUGGAGCGGGUCACAUUUGUGGAUACGCCAGGCAUCAUCGAGAACCGCAAGCAACAAGAAAGAGGUUACCCGUUCAACGACGUGUGCCAGUGGUUCAUCGACAGAGCGGACCUCAUCUUUGUUGUCUUUGACCCAACCAAGCUGGACGUGGGUCUGGAGCUGGAGAUGCUCUUCCGCCAGCUGAAGGGGCGCGAGUCCCAAAUAAGGAUCAUCCUGAACAAAGCUGACAACCUGGCCAUGCAGAUGCUCAUGAGGGUCUAUGGGGCCCUCUUCUGGAGCCUGGCCCCGCUCAUCAACGUCACGGAGCCCCCAAGGGUGUACGUCAGCUCCUUCUGGCCAUAUGACUACAAGCCUGACACCCACUGGGACCUGUUUCUCAGGGAAGAGAUCUCCCUCCUGGAAGACCUGAAUCAGGUGAUUGAGAACAGGCUGGAGAACAAGAUUGCCUUCAUCCGCCAGCAUGCCAUCCGGGUCCGCAUUCACGCCCUCCUGGUCGACCGCUACCUGCAGACAUACAAGGACAAAAUGACCUUCUUCAGUGAUGGGGAACUGGUCUUUAAGGACAUCGUGGAAGACCCUGAUAAAUUCUACAUCUUCAAGACCAUCCUGGCAAAGACCAACGUCAGCAAAUUUGACCUUCCCAACCGCGAGGCCUAUAAGGACUUCUUUGGCAUCAACCCUAUCUCCAGUUUCAAGCUCCUGUCCCAGCAGUGUUCCUACAUGGGAGGUUGCUUUCUGGAUAAGAUUGAGCGGGCCAUCACCCAGGAGCUCCCCAGCCUCCUGGGAAGCCUUGGGCUGGGGAAGAAUCCAGGUGCUCUCAACUGUGACAAAACAGGGUGUGGUGAAACCCCAAAGAAUCGCUAUAGGAAACCCUAGGUUGCUGUGUCACCAUUCUCGGGCUCCUGUUGGUGAAUGAGCUUGUGUCCUAACUGUCUGAGAAGUCCUGGUUUAUUAACCCUUUGAGCCACACUGGCAGGAACCGUUACGCGUUGGAGAUUUGGGAGUUAAUUGAGGCCAGUUGGUGGGGUAAGGGGUGGGUCGAGGUGGGAGAGUGGAAACUGUGAAUUGUGGCAUGCUUGUCUUGUUGCUUCAAUUAGGGGCCUGACUGAGGCACGUCAGGCCACACCUGCUUUUCCUGGAUCCCCUCUUGGAGGGACAGAGAGCAGCUAAAUUCUAGUGUAAACUGGAUUAACAAGCAUCACAUGAGCUAAAAGCAGCUGAAAUUCCUUUUUCCCCCGGUAAGCUGGGAAACUAGAGGAGAUUUGAGUUCCGUAGGGCUGUCUGCUCUGUCCACGUGGCUGCCUUCCACACAGUCUUCUGUUUGUCCCAGCCCUCGGCUGCCUCUUGAGCUUGGGUUGGCUUCAACAGGAGACAGUCUCUCAGGGUCUGAAUCAACCUGGGUGUUGAGCCUACCCCCAGGCCUCUCCCCUCUCCCCAAGGGGUGUGGAACGAUUCAGGAUACCAGAAUGCUAAGAGAGAACAAGAGUUCCUGGCUAGAAGGAUCUGCCUCCCCCAGGCCAUUUCUCUGGCAUUGUUUUCUAAGCCAGCCAGGAAGCUCAGUCCCUUCCUUGGCCCCAAGAGGAGGGUGACUGUUCCAUGCAUUCAGGUAAUUUACUUGUUGGAAGUGACUUCAGUGAAAGUCCCGGCAGGGCUCAGAGGGUUAAUUGGUUUGCAGUGUGUCUGUGUCUAUUGCAUGUCUUGGAAAACUCAGACCCCAGAGGCUUUGGGUUUCAGAGGGGACAGUGGAGAGCUUCUUGCUGUUGCCACAGCUUCUCCGUGGAGACACUUGGCAGAAGAUUCGUUCCUUCCUGGUUUUCAUCACAUGGCUUUUCCUUUCCCUUCUUCUCCAUUCCCUGAUGCGCUGACACUCAAAACUCGGAGCAAUUUCCCAGGAGUCAGAACCAGCACCAGCCGCUUGGUGCUGGUGGCAACCUAGGCCUGACCUUCAGUUUCCCACCUGAACUUGAUGCCGAUACCCACCGAGCGCACAUGGUAGGGGAGCCUGGCCUUCAAAUACCAAUGAGUGUGAAUGUGUGUGUAUUAUGUUGUCCAAGAGAGAUUAGGGAGAUAACAGAUGCCUGAGGGCACAGAGGAGGAGCUAGCUAUGAGAGUCAUGCCUGCCUGACGGAGGGCAAUGGGGAUGGGGGACGGAAGGAAGAGCCUGGAGGGGACAAGCCUCUUGAUGGGAAGUGGGUGGGUGAAGAGUCUAAGUCCAGGAGACCCGGCCCGGCCCGGCCCGGCUGCCCCGAGGGCCUCCUCCUGCCGAGUGACAACUGAGCCGGCCCCUCCUGGGAGUGACCUGUCUUCACCAGGAGGACCCACCAGCACCAGGGGGUCACCAGGACCAGAAGGACAGUGAAGACGAAGCAGAGGGAGAGGCGCCCUGAGGAUUAGGCAGUGGAGGCAAAUUGGCAAAUUGGUGAUCAGAUUAGGCCCACAUGGAGAACUGCAAUCCCAGAAUUCCUGUUUCUCAGAAUGAUUAGCACUCCAGCGAGUGCUGCAUCAGAGGCUGCCUCUUUUGGCUUUUUGGAGGACCCGGGACCUCCCACAAGAAGACCAGAGGCCCCACCGCCAUCAGGAUGUUGUCUCUAAGGACAGAGGCAACCAGAGAAGCAAAGUCUGCCAGGGGCAUCCAAGGAGCCUGGUGACCAGCACCUGGGGAGCUGCUUCCUUCUCAUUAACAAACAGCCCUGGCUUCAUCUCCCAUCCUUUGCACUCUCAAGGGGCUGC